CCUCUCUCUCUUUUUCUCCGUCUCUCUCCCCUCCCCUUGUUGUGACAGAGCACACCUGCUUGAUCUCCGCUGACGAACGCUCCCGAGUCCAAUUACCCCAAAGGCCCGAGCAGCCGCUUUUCACUGCCUCAUCCCCCUCGAGAAAGCACAUUCGACUGGAUUCUUGGGUUUUUUGCGGGGAGUUCAACGUCUGCCCUUUGCCUUCUGCUUCUUCUACCAGGAACAGGCUCCCCUUCACCUAGCGGCACCAUGAGGUCAGCCUGUCUCUCUCUGCUCCUGGUCACCGCCUGCUGGGCGCUUCCCUUCCGCCAAUCCGGCUUCCUGGACUUUAUGAUGGAGGACGAGGCCGGCUCCGGAGUGCCUGAGCUCCAGCCUACUAAGGUGGAUGUUGAAGAGAGCUACGCAAUGCCGAUACCCGAAGGACCUAGAUGCCCUUUCCGCUGUCAGUGCCACUUGCGGGUGGUCCAGUGCUCUGACCUCGGUCUGAAGGAGGUUCCCAAGGACAUCCCAGAUGAUACCACCCUGCUCGACCUGCAGAACAACAAGAUCACAGAGAUCAAAGAAAACGACUUCAAGAACCUCAAAGGCCUUCAUGCGCUGAUCCUGGUGAACAACAAGAUCAGCAACAUCCACGCCAAGGCCCUCAAUCCGCUGACCAAACUGCAGCGCCUCUACCUGUCCAAGAACAAUCUGAAGGAGAUGCCAGCCAACAUGCCCAAAAGCCUGCAGGAGCUGCGUAUCCACGAAAACGACAUCAGCAAGAUCAAGAAGGCCUCCUUCCAGGGAAUGUCCCAAGUCAUCGUCAUGGAGCUCGGAUCCAACCCCCUGAAGAGCGCCGGGAUUGACGCCGGCGCCUUUGCUGACCUCAAGAGAGUCUCCUACAUUCGUAUUGCGGACACUCAGAUCACAGAGAUCCCCAAAGGUCUGCCCAGCUCGCUCUCUGAGCUCCACCUGGAUGGAAACAAGAUCUCCAAGGUCACCGCCGAAAGUAUGAAGGGCCUCAAGCAGCUCGCUAAGCUGGGUUUGAGCCACAAUGAGAUCAGCCUGGUGGAGAACGGAACCCUGGUCAACGUCCCCCACCUCCGCGAGAUCCACCUCGACAACAAUGCCCUGACCAGCGUGCCCCCCGGCCUGCCCGACCACAAAUACAUCCAGGUGGUCUACCUCCACGCCAACAAAAUCGGUGCAGUAGGAACGGAAGAUUUCUGCCCCCCUGGAUUCAACACAAAGAAGGCCAUGUACUCGGGCAUCAGCCUCUUCAGCAAUCCCGUUCCCUACUGGGAAGUGCAGCCCAUCACCUUCCGCUGCGUCUUCGACCGCUCCGCCAUCCAGCUGGGCAACUACAGGAAGAAGUAGAGAGGCUCCAUCCCCAACAGCCGCCAUCCUUCACCACCACAACCACCACCGAGGAAGUGUGCAUUUGUAAAUGAGCGCGUGAAAGUGUGUGUGUCUCCGACCCAACUCUCUCCUGAUGGUGGACAUGGACCUCAAGCACAUUUGUGUUUUGUUUUUGUUUUUGUUUUUUCACCGUCAUUUAGCUCGGCUUCGGUUGGUAGUGAACGCGGCUUGCAGCAAACACGUACUGCACAUCGUUGGUAGAGCCGUAAUAUAUUCUCACACUCAUCCUGUAUUAUAGUCACGUUCGUCAUACGGGACAGUAAUCCCUUUUGUUUGUAGACGAGGCCUGUGGAGCAGGCGGCAAAGCCGAGAAGGUUUUCACUCAUUUUUGAUAUCACGCGAGCGUGUCUUCCAUCGCUUCCUCACGCUCACUACUCGUCUCCUCUUUCGCAUUUGCUGUCCAGUGAGAACCAAGGUUGCUUUCUAAAUUUAGAAUAAACCAUAUAUGUUUUAAAUGUCACCGCCAAA